GAGGAGGGAGAGACCCUGGCUGGGCUGGAGUCCGGCUUCGACGGGAGGAGGGACGGGAGGACGGGAAAGGUGGAGGAGCAGGCGGGGGGAGCAGGGAGGAGCGGCCUGGCCUGGGGCCUUGCGGCCCGGGAGCGCCGGGGAUCUGGGCCGGAGCACCGAGAUGCUGCUGCUGCUGCUGCUGCUGGCGUCGCUCUUCCUCCGCCCCCCGGGCUCGGGUGGGGCGCAGACCCCCAACGCCACCUCAGAAGGUUGCCAGAUUAUACACCCGCCAUGGGAAGGGGGCAUCAGGUACCGGGGCCUGACUCGAGACCAGGUGAAGGCUAUCAACUUCCUGCCGGUGGACUAUGAGAUUGAAUAUGUGUGCAGAGGGGAGCGCGAGGUGGUGGGCCCUAAAGUCCGUAAGUGCCUCGCCAACGGUUCCUGGACUGACAUGGACACACCCAGCCGCUGUGUCCGAAUCUGCUCCAAGUCUUAUUUGACCCUGGAAAAUGGGAAGGUUUUCCUGACGGGUGGGGACCUCCCCGCUCUGGAUGGAGCCCGGGUGGAUUUCCGGUGUGACCCCGACUUUCAUCUGGUGGGCAGCUCCCGGAGCAUCUGUAGUCAGGGCCAGUGGAGCACCCCCAAGCCCCACUGCCAGGUGACCCGAACGCCGCACUCAGAACGGCGAGCAGUGUACAUCGGGGCGCUGUUUCCCAUGAGUGGGGGCUGGCCGGGGGGCCAGGCCUGCCAGCCGGCGGUGGAGAUGGCGCUGGAGGACGUGAAUAGCCGCAGGGACAUCCUGCCGGACUAUGAGCUGAAGCUCAUCCACCACGACAGCAAGUGUGAUCCAGGUCAAGCUACGAAGUACCUGUAUGAGCUGCUCUACAAUGACCCCAUCAAGAUCAUCCUUAUGCCCGGCUGCAGCUCUGUCUCUACACUUGUGGCCGAGGCAGCCAGGAUGUGGAACCUCAUUGUGCUUUCCUAUGGCUCGAGCUCACCGGCUCUGUCAAACCGGCAGCGCUUUCCUACAUUCUUCCGAACUCAUCCGUCAGCUACACUCCACAACCCUACCCGAGUGAAGCUCUUUGAAAAGUGGGGCUGGAAGAAGAUUGCCACCAUUCAGCAGACCACUGAGGUCUUCACAUCGACCCUGGAUGACCUGGAGGAACGAGUGAAGGAGGCCGGAAUUGAGAUCACUUUCCGUCAGAGUUUCUUCUCAGACCCAGCUGUGCCUGUCAAAAACCUUAAGCGCCAGGAUGCCCGAAUCAUCGUGGGACUUUUCUAUGAAACUGAAGCCCGCAAAGUUUUCUGUGAGGUAUACAAAGAACGUCUCUUCGGGAAGAAGUAUGUCUGGUUUCUCAUUGGGUGGUAUGCUGACAAUUGGUUCAAGAUCUAUGACCCAUCUAUCAACUGCACGGUGGAUGAGAUGACUGAGGCAGUUGAAGGCCACAUUACUACUGAGAUUGUCAUGCUGAACCCUGCCAAUACACGCAGCAUUUCCAACAUGACAUCCCAGGAAUUUGUGGAGAAGCUGACCAAACGACUAAAAAGACACCCUGAGGAGACAGGAGGCUUUCAGGAGGCACCACUGGCCUAUGAUGCUAUCUGGGCCUUGGCAUUGGCCCUGAAUAAAACCUCUGGAGGGGGUGGCCGUUCGGGUGUGCGCCUGGAAGACUUCAAUUACAACAACCAGACCAUUACUGACCAAAUCUACCGGGCAAUGAACUCCUCAUCCUUUGAAGGUGUCUCUGGCCAUGUGGUAUUUGAUGCCAGCGGUUCUCGAAUGGCAUGGACACUUAUCGAGCAGCUUCAGGGUGGCAGCUAUAAGAAGAUUGGCUACUAUGACAGCACUAAGGAUGAUCUUUCCUGGUCCAAAACUGAUAAGUGGAUUGGAGGGUCCCCCCCAGCUGACCAGACCCUGGUCAUCAAGACAUUCCGCUUCCUGUCACAGAAACUCUUUAUCUCCGUCUCAGUUCUCUCCAGUCUGGGCAUUGUCCUAGCUGUUGUUUGUCUGUCUUUUAACAUCUACAACUCUCAUGUUCGUUAUAUCCAGAAUUCGCAGCCCAACCUGAACAAUCUGACAGCUGUGGGCUGCUCGCUGGCACUGGCUGCGGUCUUCCCACUUGGACUGGAUGGUUAUCACAUCGGGAGGAACCAGUUCCCUUUCGUCUGCCAGGCCCGCCUCUGGCUCCUGGGCUUGGGUUUUAGUUUGGGCUAUGGCUCCAUGUUCACCAAGAUCUGGUGGGUCCAUACAGUCUUCACGAAGAAGGAGGAAAAGAAGGAGUGGAGGAAGACCCUAGAGCCCUGGAAGCUGUAUGCGACAGUGGGCCUGCUGGUGGGCACGGACAUCCUUACUCUUGCGAUAUGGCAGAUUGUGGAUCCCCUACACCGGACCAUUGAGACUUUCCCCAAGGAGGAACCAAAGGAAGAUAUUGAUGUAUCUAUUCUGCCACAGCUGGAGCACUGCAGCUCCAAAAAGAUGAAUACAUGGCUUGGCAUUUUCUAUGGUUACAAGGGUCUGCUUCUGCUCCUGGGCAUCUUUCUUGCUUAUGAAACCAAGAGUGUUUCCACUGAGAAAAUCAAUGAUCACCGGGCUGUUGGCAUGGCCAUCUACAAUGUAGCGGUCCUGUGCCUCAUCACUGCCCCCGUCACCAUGAUCCUAUCUAGUCAGCAGGAUGCAGCCUUUGCCUUCGCCUCUCUAGCCAUAGUUUUCUCCUCUUACAUUACUCUCGUUGUGCUCUUCGUGCCCAAGAUGCGUAGGCUGAUCACUCGAGGAGAAUGGCAGUCGGAGGCACAGGACACCAUGAAGACAGGAUCAUCUACCAAUAACAAUGAAGAAGAGAAGUCCCGGCUGUUGGAAAAGGAGAACCGUGAGCUGGAGAAGAUCAUUGCCGAGAAAGAGGAACGUGUCUCAGAACUGCGCCAUCAGCUCCAGUCUCGACAGCAGCUUCGUUCACGACGCCACCCUUCCACACCCCCAGACUCAUCUGGGGGCCUUUCCAGGGGGCCUCCUGAGCCCCCUGACCGGCUUAGCUGUGAUGGCAGUAGAGUCCAUUUGCUUUACAAGUAAGGGGCGUGUGUGAGGAGUCCAGGCCAGCAGGGGGGAAGUGGGGAGAGGAAAGAGGAGAGCAGGGAGCAAGAAGAAUCUUUACCCCCAGAUGGAAAGAACAUAUCACAUUCCAUCUCCUGUAAAUACAUGCCUCACUGUGAGUCCUAGGGCUAUCUGGGUGUCCAGCCCACUGGCAACAAAACCCAUUUUCUCUUGUUUGUAUAAUUUAUAUUAUGGCUUGAUGUUUAGUCUGUCCCACAUCCGAAGCUUCUCCCCGUCUCCUCAGUGUCCCUCUCUCUGUGUCUCUGAUGAGCCUCUGCCUUCUUGCGGCAGUUCCCUUUGCCUUUGUGCUGUUUCCAUCCAGACAGGGUAUCCCCAAAGUGUUCUUUUUUUUUUUUUGCUUUUUGGGUCACACCUGGCGAUGCUCAGGGGUUACUCCUGGCUUUGCACUCAGGAAUCACCCCUGGCAGUGCUCAGGGGACCAUAUGGGAUGCCGGGGAUUGAACCCGGGUCGGCCGCGUGCAAGGCGAACGCCCUACCCACCGUGCUAUCGCUCCGGGCCCCCCAAAGUGUUCUUUACAUUCUAAAAAGAGUUUCUUGAUUCCCCUGAUCUUUAUAAUCUUCCAUUCUCUUUACCCUCAAGUUUUGUCCCCUUAAAUUUUGUUUCCUUGGGAGUACUCAUUCAUCUUGUUGAUGGUUUCAUGUUCCUUGCCUUUGCUGUGUAUGCUCACAUUUCCCAUCACUUGUGUCCCGCCCCUGCUGGUUCUCUCUAGACAUUCUCAUGUGCAUGUAAUGCUUUUCACACAUGUGCUUUCUAUCCCCUUCCUGUAGUUUCAUGUGUUACUUUUCUCAUUUGAUACCUCUCUCCUUGUCAUGAGUGUGCAUUUAUGUAUCUUAGUAAGCUCAUACCAUUUAUCUAAUAUACUGAGUCAUGUCUUCCCUAAUGGUACAUUACACUUUUUUUUUUAAGUAAAGGCAAAUUUUAUUUGGAGGGUUUUAGGGAGGGGAGGAGAGAGAGAAAGUGAGAGAGUAGAGUAACACACUGAAGUGAGAACGAAGGCUUCUCCAAAGGUGGAAAGAGCCUCUACACACAUCCCAGCAUUCAGUAUGAAAGCAUGAAACUACGAAAUCUUAAGAGGGGAGAAGUGGGCAACACAUGUGCUCAGGCGCCACAUGUGCUCAGCCACUUGGGCACAAGCAGCAUAUGGAUUUGGGCAGCAUAUGCACCUGUACAUUACACUAUUGUCCAUGCAUUUUUCUCUGUGUGCCCUUAUGGUAUAGAUAUAGAACAUGCUCAUUUUCCCUUUGCACUUAAACUCAAUGUAUUCUUCCAGUAGUCUUAAGCUUCCAUCCUACAUAUUAUGAUGUACUUCUCAUUCAUAUUGAUGGGACAGCGAUACUCACUUCUUGUCACACUUAAUUUCUGGUAGAACUUGCCUUUGUUCCACCUUCAAUCUACUCAUAUCAUCUUCUCCUAAGAUUUACUCUUUUAGUUUUGUAUCUUUGGGGGAAAAUUAAUAGGGAAGAAACAGAAACUGGCAUGGAGAACUGCUUCCGGUGGAUAAAUGGUGAGAAACCAGAUCAAAGGAAGGCACCAGGACUAUUGGGAUAGAAGGAUGGAUCGACAGGACCAGAGGGCAUACCUUCCACACUGUAGUGUCUCUUGGGAAAGAAUCUCUCUAAAGCUCAAUAAACCAGUGAACAGUG